AUGCCGUGUGACCGAGCAACUGUGACUGCAGACGCUAACACAUCGCAAAGUAUGUGUAAUGGACCUGUAGAUGACUGGGCCUCUUUUGCUGCUCGUUAUGUGACUGGAUCUCAGGACACUGCAUGCCAUCAAAUGAAGCCCGGCUCAUGCGCGUCACCGGCAGAUAUCCCGCAAGACCCAUAUACCCUCGCAUUAGGUAAAAAGAUGCAGCAUGUAUACGAAACGGAAGGUUACUUGCCGACCUAUACACAUGCUAAACAUAUCAACCAUUUACGAGCUGUGUGGUACAGUCGCCAGAUCAAAAAGCAUGACACCGGCACACUCUCCCGCAUUUGCCGACUCAUUUCCCAACUUCUCCAGCUACCGUAUGUUUCUGUCAAAAUUAUGGCGCCUCAAUCUAAAAGUCUUGAUGAGGAUCUAUCUCCUUACCAAGUCAUGUCUGAAUGGACGCAUGCAUCAGAGGAUGGAAUCCAGCCAGAUGAAACAGGUUUGUGCCAGAGUAUUUGGUCGCACGCAUUGUACCUACCCUUGAAUCAAGUCCUUGCUGUACCGGAUGCGCAGGAAGACUGGCGCUUCUCGCAUCAUACAAGUCGGCACAAAUUGCGCUUUUUUGCAUGCACGCCUAUUUUUGAUACCCAUAAUGAGGCAUUAGGCGUAUGCUGCAUGGGUGAUAUCAAGCCUAGGCAUGGCUCAGAUUUGGAAGAUGCUGCUUAUUCUAUACUUGACAUGAAGCAAAUGAUUAUCAACGACAUUGACCUGGCCGUCAACCGAGCCCAGGUCCUUCGCCGUGAUGAGCUCAAAGGAUGCACAGAAUCGCUGUUACGUACGUUUAGCAUGGAGACAGUGGCCGAUCCCCAUGUCAACAUGGAGCUAGAAGGCUGUGACCAGAUAUAUCAUCUCGCCGCCAACGCUCUCCAAUCGUCGAUGCAUGUUUCCGACGUGAUCAUUCUUGACUUGUCUAAUUUCAUCAUGAUUCAAAAACCCUUUGAAAAAGACGGGAACAGCAAUCAGCAGGUGGUCCAUUCGCACACAAUGGAUCCCAAUAUGAGUCAAACACACAUUGCACCCCUUUCGAUCCUAGGGUCGAGCGAACGCCAAGUGCAUGUCCCCGAGCGUGAAGCUGCCCUUGAUAUGAGCGACGUGCGCGCCAUUCAAGACUUUCUCAUGUUCACCGAGUCAGACGAUGAAAAUCGCUUUCGUCUUCAUGUGCCACCUGUGAUACGCCGACUCUUGCCUCGUCAGGCAGAGGAUGUGUUUGCCGUGCCAGUGUGGGGUGCCAAGCACCAGCCAUCACUACUGGUGUGUGCUUACUGCCUUCCCAACUGCUACUCUCUCAUGAUUGAUCAAAUGCAGCAUACGGCGCACCAACAUAUUCAGGCCAUUGGGCUAAUGAUGCUCGACGUGGUAGACAAGGAGACAGUCCUUAUUGCUGACCGAGCCAAGUCGACGUUUAUUUCCAACAUGUCGCAUGAGCUCCGCACGCCGCUGCACGGCAUUCUUGCAUCGACAGAUAUACUCAGUGAGUCAGGCCUAAAUGAGCUUCAAGGAUUUUAUUUGGAGACGAUCAAGUCGUGUGGGCACGGUCUGUUGGAGCUCGUAAAUCAUGUGCUAGACUAUACCAAGCUGUCUGGCGGCGCCUCCGGAUCUCAGCGACGUCCACGGAACAUCAGCAUGAGCGACUUUGAUCUAUCUCGUCUCGUACAAGAAGUAUGUGACAGCCAUGCACUUGGCCACCAAGUGACACCUCUGCACGAUAACCAAAUCGGUUCCAUUUACGAUCCGAAGGGGGCAGCUGAGGAGCGUGCGCAGCGAUGGUCUGACGUGGAGUUUGUGGUCAACAUCGAAAAGCGUCUGCAUGGCUGGUACGUCCAUUCAGAUUGUGGUGGGCUUCGUCGUGUCCUUAUGAAUCUCGUGGGAAAUGCUCUCAAAUUUACCACGAAAGGAUUCGUGGAAGUGUCUCUAAGUGGCGCUGAUAUCGACCAAGAUACGCUGCAGAUCUUUUUGCGCGUGCGCGAUUCUGGCUGUGGUAUCUCGCGCCAGUUUCUUGAUCAGCAGCUUUUCCACCCAUUUUCUCAGGAAAAUCCGUUGGGAAGUGGCACAGGCCUAGGCUUGUCUAUCGUACACGACAUCAUGCACUCGAUGGACGCUGGCACAGUUGAUGUGCGCAGCACACAAGGUAUUGGUACUGAGAUUAUCGCAUCGUGCCAUGUGCGCAAAGCACCUGCUUCUUCCGAUGUCGCAUACAUUCCCCAGCUUGAUGUGCAUCAGAGUUGCACAGCUCACUUGUUCGGCUUUCCUACUGACACGGAUGGUGGACGUAUUCUCCAGGAGACAAUCGUGCACUACCUUUCGACAUGGUGGGGAUUCUUGGUCCGUGUGCACCAUGAAGAUGAGGAUGCCUCAUCGUUGGUCGCUAGUAUGACUCAACGAAAUGUGGUGCUACUGAACAGUCGUUCCGCUCUCGUGCACCGACUCUUGUCGCAAGACAGGCUUCCUCCGCUUAUCUCGCUCACAGACUUGUACAGCAAGCAGCUUUUCAAAGAUACUCUUGAGGCAUACCGUAAGGCUGGCGGCGCUACCUAUUUCCUCCAGAAACCGACGGGACCUGCGCGCAUGGAGGAUGUACUCCGUGCAUGCCUAGAGCAAGUCCCUGAACAACCAUCUGGAUCUAUCUCGCUUGCCCGCCUCAAGGUGAGUGAUCUUCCCGAAGAGUCAUCCGCGAUUCCUGCGAUCAACACGAGCCGUAGCAACGUCCUGGCUUCCCCUGAUCGCAACGAGUUGGAACGCUCCCUGAACGAAGUCGCCGCCUACGCGUCCCCCUCAUCGCCUACGGUAAAAGUGGCACCUGACGCCGCCUUCACCUUCCGCGUUCUUUUUGCGGAUGACAAUCCCAUCAACUGCCAAAUGCUCGCUGCCUAUCUUCGAAAACUUCAUGUACCAUACGUGGAAGCCCAUGGUGGCUGUGAGGCCGUUACCGCCUUCGCAACCAAACCACAUGGGUACUUCCAUCUCGUGCUAAUGGACUUCUCGAUGCCGAAUAUCGACGGUCUACAAGCCUGUAUGAUGAUCCGGCACAUUGAGAAGCAGCGCAACAUGGAAAUGGAAACGCAACAUCGCUGUCACACAUACAUGCUGUCGGGUGCCUCCAUGGAGGAAAUUCUGCGUCAAGGCACCAAUGCGGGAGCCGAUGGCUACCUCGUCAAGCCACUCAGUUUCAAGGCUUUUGUAGCCCUCAUCCAGAAGCUAGAUGAAUAG